AUGCAAUAAAGAAAGAAAUUGUUGCAAAAUUUCAAAAAGCAUUAACAAAAGAAAAAGCUAGGCUUCGAAAGGAGAAAAAGGAAAAAAGAAGAGCUCAAGCACAGCAAUCAAUGCAUCAAAUGAUGAAGAAAGAAAUUAUGACGAAACAGAUUGUAGAUAAAAGUAGACAAAAAAUGUGGAAAGUGCUAGAAGAGCUAAAAGAAGAAUCAAGACUGAAAAUUAGUUGGAAGAACAUCGAGGAAAUAGCUAUCUUGAGGUUCAAGAACAAGACAAAAAAGGUUACAAGUGAAAGAAU